AUUUUUAUUGAAAUAUUUGUCAGUGAAAACAUGCUUUUUUCGCCUCCGGAAAUACAUUCUGGAUUUUCUAGGUGGUCAGAGCCAAAACUAUCUAAUACUUUAUGUAAGCUUUAUCAUCACGGAUUUAUUAUUCCGUCUCCACCUCCAUCUCCAAAGGAAAAUGUCACGAGUUUAAAUGAAACAAAGACAGAUAAUAUCGAGAUUAAAAAAAAAGAAGAGGGAGAAAAAGAAGGGCUAUCAAGUGCUACGUUUGUUGCACGUGUCUUUGAUUUGUAUAAAAAUGAUCCUCGUGGAAUGCUUCGUAAUGAACGUAAAUGGCUUGCAUAUCAUAUGCCAUCUUCGGGAAUAGAAGGGCAAAAGAAGAGAGUAAGAAGUUCUCAAGGAGUUGUACGUCGUACAGUAUCGACAUCUGGAUGUCGUACGACAUCCACGGUUCGAGGGGUGGGGAAGACAAAAACUCAGUUUUUUUCUAUCGGAAUGCCUAAUUAUAAGCCGAAGCAGUCAUCAAAAGAACAUUAUAUGCAUACGCAUUCGUUUGAUGUGGCAAAUACGCCAUAUGAGUUGUUACCGGAUUUCUGUCCUCCUACAUCAACAUUAGAUAAGAUUAAUCAUCCUCGACCAUUAAGAGCGGAAUGGAAGGGGAUUCCAUUGGAUUUAUCUAAUGAUCCUCAUGUUGAUCAGUUGCAUCCGGCAGAAGUUUAUUUAGCAUCGCAAUUAAGAUUGCCGGCUAUGGUUUAUUUAGAUAAUAAGCGACGGAUUUUUGCAGAGUAUCAUGCACGUAAAGAGGCAGGACUUGGAUUUCGGCGGACAGAUGCACAAAGAUGUGCACGUAUUGAUGUAAACAAAGCAAGUCGUCUAUGGCAAGCAUUUGAACGAGUCGGAUGGCUUGAUUAGUCAGUAAUGGAUACUUUUAAUUGAUAUAGAUUGUAGGACGGUCAUUAAAUUUUGAAUUGUUUUUUGUAAUGGCUAUCUAAUUAUUUUUUUUUGAGUAUAACAUUGUAUUUGGGUAGUUUUUUGUAAUUUUUAAGGUUUCGGUAUCAAAUAAUUUUAAUUGAGGGAAAUAUGUGGGGUGUUUGAGUUUUUUGU